CGCGGCGGAGGGAGCUGUGCACUUUUGCGACGCUCCCCGCGGCGAGGGAGCUGGAGGGCCGCCGCCGCUCUUCAGCUGGUGCCGGGGAUAGCAGCUGCCGCCGGGACAUGCUGGCACAGCGCAGCCUUGCCGGACUCGGAGGAGGGGAGGCUCGGGGCUGGGGGUCGGUGUGCGUGUUGCAGUGAGUGAGCGGAGCGGAGAGGCAGGCGGCGGCCGGGCUGCGACCCGGGACCCGAGAGCGCCUGCACAGCCGCUGGAGCUGAGGACGGCGCGACAGCAGCGGCAGGGUUGGAAGCGGUGCCUGGACGCAGCAGCCGGCGGCGGCAGCUGGGCUUGGGGCCAGUGCCUAGUCUGCACGCCGCCGCCGCCGCCGCCGCCUCGGGAUUCCGUGGCAAGGCAGACCCCGAGCGUGCGAGAGGCUGGACCGAGGUGCCGAUCCAGGAGGAGGAGGAGGAGCGCGGAGAGGAGGGCGGCUCGCCUCCUCGGGGGAGGUUAUGAAGGUUCCAGAAAUGCCUUUCUUAAUUUGGAUCAACGUGUUGCUCCUCUUUCCUGGCAUCAGUACUUCAAAGACCUGCUUCCCAGGAUGCCACUGUGAAGUGGAGACUUUUGGUCUCUUUGACAGCUUCAGCUUAACCAAAGUAGACUGCAGUGGGAUUGGGUCCCAUAUUGUGCCUGUCCCCAUUCCCCUGGACACUACCUACUUGGAUUUAUCAUCAAACAGACUGGAAUCCAUCAAUGAGUCCAUGCUGACUGGCCCUGGAUAUACCACACUGGUUAGCCUUGACUUGAGCUAUAACAAAAUCUCAAAGGUUGCUUCUUCUGCUUUCUCUGGGCUUCGGUAUCUUGAAUCCUUGGAUCUGAGUCAUAACUCCUUGAUCGCCCUCCCAGAUGAAUGCUUCUCUCGGUCACCCCUGGGAGAUGUCGAUCUCAGCAAUAACCUCCUCCUGGAAAUAACGCUGAACAUCUUUGCCUCCAAAGGUCAAGGGAAACCAAUCAAUGUCGAUCUCUCUAACAAUUUAAUCAACAUGGUUUCAAGGCGCCAAGAUAAAGCCACCCCCAACAUUCAAAGCUUAAAUCUCUCUGGAAACAGGUUAAAACGUAUCCCAAACCUUCAAGGGAUACCUCUUCGGUACUUAAACCUUGAUGGAAACCCAGUAUCGCUAAUCGAGAAAGGAGCGUUCUCGGGACUGAAGGAUUUAAUCCACCUCUCACUCAGUGGUAUUCACGACCUGUUCGAGAUCUCUCCAUACAGCUUCAAAGAUCUGCCCGCUCUCCAAGUCCUUGAUUUAUCCAACAACCCCAACAUUAAAUUGUUCAGCGCUGAAGUUUUCCACAGCUUAAAUUCUUUGCAAGAGCUCAACCUGUCUGGCACAGGGAUAGCAGCUUCUGUAUCAAAAGCAAUGCUGAAAUACUUGCCUUCCAUCAAAAGCAUCACCUUGGGCAAGAACGUCAAGUGUCUUAAGACAAUCCGAGAAGGCCAGUACCACAGACAGAGUGGGCUGACCAAGAAAGAGGUCUUGAGCUGCCAUGACAGUCAUGGGUCGAUAGCAACUGCUCCUUAUGACUUGUGACAAGGGCCAAGAGGGGGUAUGGAUACUGGACUUGAAAAAGCCACCAAUGUGCCUUCUGUAAAAAUGGUUAAUUUAUAUUGUUUUGUAUAUUUUAAUACUUGAUUACAAUGAUUGAUUAAGACAG